GGACGAUGAGGUACACGUCUUCGUAAGAGAGUUGAUGGAAGAGAAGAGAGAGGAGAAGCGGAAGAAGAUUGAGGAGGAGCAGAGACGCCUGAAGGAAGAAGAAGAUAGGAAGCGGGAGUUAGAUAUCGCCAAAAGAACGGAGGAAAUGAAGAAGCAACUACAGGCGGACAUUGAGGAGAAAUGGAGGAGACAGCAAGAAGAAGCGGCCAACAGAGCGAGGGAGGAGCGGCAAGAAACGGUGAAGGAGGCGGGUCCAAAGAUAUCACCACAAAGAAAGGUUAUAACUAAGGAUAAGGCGAAGAGGAAGUCGCGGAGACAGACCAAGAAGGGAAACAGGGGGAAGACAGAAGCUCGCUCCUCCAGCAGUUCAGACACAAGUGAGAACAAUAGCACGUCAGCGAGCGAAUCUAGUGAGGACUCGGAAGAAGAAGCAAGACGGAUCUCGCGGAUAUUGCGCACCGAGAAGCAGAAAUGGAAGCCUAAGAGGGUGCAAGGAAGGGGGAGGUCAGCGAAGAGGACACCACCGAGCGUGUAUGAGAAAGGGGAGUGCUCUAGACGGUCCGAAACACCGACGACGAAGGGAGUGGCGAUCGCAGAGCCUCGUACACCACUAACAGGGGAAUACAAGGGCAUAUCUGCGGGAUGUUCGCGGGAAGGUUUCGUUGAUUACACGCUAAAGGUCCUCCAGCAGUACUCUGCGAAGAAAGUCCCGGAACUACGAGAGAUGUGUGAGAGGGCGGGGAUCAAGUCAGCAAGGAAGGACGACAUGGUUAUGGGGUUUGUCAAGAGGCAGACAGAACGCGCGUAUGAGGGUUUCUUCGACGCGCCAGCAGAGAACGACAAAGGAAAAGAGAAGCAAGAGAGUCAAGGAGGGCAACCUGAAGACAAGACACCCCCAAAAGGAGCUAAAGGCGAGCAAGUAGCGGGGGUGGAGCGACGGAUCACGACAACAACGAUACUCCUUGGAAUGAGAGGAGAGAUCACGUGGCUGAAGAAAUACCUGGACAAGGCAGACGUGGACGAAGCGACUUUAGAUCUGCGGACUGGAGGCACGUAUGUCAUCGCUGGCCCAUGGGCGAAGCGAGUAUACGUGGGAUGUACGUCGAGACCAAUAUUGCAAAGGUGGAGGGAGCACGUGCACGCGGCAGCAUCGGACUCUCGGGGRAAAGCUCCCCAACUGUACCGAUGGAUGAGAACAUUUGGUACUGAUAAGUUUGUAAUCAUACCGGUGAGGCACACAACCAAGAUUGACGAUUUUGAGUUCGAUCGUUACCUGAUCCGAGAUCUGUCACCCAACUUGAACGCCAAGGGAACGAAGGGAAGAGGGGCAAAGUCAAGAAGGCGAAAGGGCAAGAGGGAGAGGAAGAAGAAGAAAGGUGGGACGGUAGGAAAGGCUGUGGUAGCUUUCACAACCGCAGAGGGGAAACGUACAUCACUAUUGAACUGGCUGCAUGAAAGAAGCGAGAAACCGAGAGGGAAAGCGGAGGUAAUCUUCACCGCGGGUGAGCAAUGGGCGGACGGGUGGAAGCAAAUCAGCAAGUUCUACGGGAUAUCGGAGGUCGAGGCAAAUGGGAGGAAGGUUUUGCUGAAACAAGCGAGACAGAUCUGCCAGAACGGGGGUAAGUCGGAGGUAAGGCGGUUAGUGAAAUCGGAGAUCGACGGAAAGCUAGACGACAAUGCUCUGGCAGCGUUCGUGAAAAAGAACGUGAGGGUGGUGAGUACGAAAAACAAGACGGUGGGGCAAGUUAUCCACAACCACCGCCGGUAUGCUCAUACUAGACCGGCGAGUUGUCCCUGUGAGCACUACCUCCUAGACAAGCAAGACGGGCACGUACUCGCGAGAGUGUCAGAGAUGAAGGACGUGCCGAUGUUCGUGAGGAACGCGAAGAACGUGACAAGACCAGAUGAGCAGAACAGUAGGAGGGACAUCAUUCAAGGCAUCAACAUGGCAAUAGCCCACCUGAAGGGAAAGAAGCGGGAGGUCGUGAACGUUGACUCCUGCAUCAAGGCCGGGAUCGGGGUAUGUGCGGCCUGGACAGAGGGAGAGGUACGUAGCUGGGCCUCGAAGUACCAAGGCCUUGUCCUCGUACCUGUGGAUCGCAAUCCGGGAGACACSGCGUUGAUAUGCCCCGUUYUGUAUAGACACGGGUUCGGAAGUACUUUCACGUGGAACCCGGACUACGAAUCUGUGGACAAGACUGAGACGGAAGUCCUGGCUCAAUGCAAGAGGGAGUUCGAGGAGGCAGGACUUUCGAAGAUUGGGAAGUGGAAGACAGAUGGGAGGUUGGGGAGAUUGUACGUAGUACCGAAGGAUAAAGAUCUGCGACGAUGGAGACCGAUCACCCCGGCGUGCAACGACCCGGCGAUGAUGGUACAACGGAGAGGGGCUAGAGCCCUGCACUGCCUCGUUACAAAAUUCUCCAGGAAGACGAAUUUUCACCUGAGAUCAACUUUGGAGCUGAAAGAAGACCUGGAGAAGGCGGGGGAGAUCCUGAGUAAAGAAGGAUGCAAUAUGGCGAUGGGGAGGUGUUACGACAUCAAGGAGAUGUUCUCCUCGAUAUCACAUUUGUCGGUAAAGAAGGCAGUUUCAGAUUUAGUGACGCAGUUCGAAGACCAGGGAUGGAGGCAGGUGAGGGUCGCGAUCAGAGGAAAGCAGUGCCAUCUAUCGAAGACCGAUUGGAAAGAGCCUGGUUUUGUCACAGUCAAAUGGAUACGAUUAGGACAAUCGUGGAGUAUGACCUUGCGCAUGCUUAUAUGAUGCAUGGCGACGUUAUAAGGAGACUGAUUACUGGUAUUCCGAUGGGUAGAACCACCAGUCCGGUACUGGCCACAAUGACAUGCG